UUUUCAAAACCCUAGUUGUCAACUUGUCACGCCUCCCGCACCGGAUGCACUACUGUCCAGCCUUCCUUCGAGCCUCCGAGAAGUCGUUGCUCACAUCCUCCAUACCUCACUACCUCCGUAGUCCGUACCUCCAACGAGCCACACAAGGGAAGAAUGGCAAGCAAGAGUAAUAUCAAUACAAAGUCUUCCUCUAAACCGUCCACUACGGCAAGUCGUACCUCGAACACAAUAGUGGAUACCGGUGAAGAAAAUGGUGCUGGAGAAGAAAUCGAAGAGAGCAAAGAUCCAACAAAUACUGUUGAUCCUUCUGUUUUGCCCCUAACUAAUAGACAUACAUCAGAAGCUUGGGCUAGUUUUACAAGAAAAAAAGUAGGAAAAGAGAUAAAAGCAGAAUGCAAAAAUUGUUCGAAGCUACUUGCUGGAGGACCGAGAGCGGGAACAAGUCACUUAAAAAGAGCAUGCAACAAAUGUUUAAAGAGGAAAUGCAUGGAUAUUCGACAAACAAGGUUAUUUGGAUCAGUUGGUAGUCCUUGUGAUACAAAUGAGACAUUGACAUUGGCUCCAUAUGAGUUCCGCCAAGAAGAUGGGAGAAGAGACUUAGCAGAAAUGAUUGUUCUCCACGAAUAUCCGCUAAGUAUAGUUGAGCAUUAUGGAUUUAGAAAGUACUCAAAGACUCUUCAACUAGGCUUCAAAGUUCCCUGUCGCAACACAACAAAAAAUGACAUUCUCCAAAGAUACAAAGUUGAAAAAGAGAAGAUAAUUGCUUGUCUAAGGAAAGUUAAAGGAAGGGUUGCAAUGACUACUGACAUGUGGACUGCAAAUCAUCAAAAGAAGGGAUACAUGGCGGUCACCGCACACUUCAUUGAUAGUUCAUGGAAGCUUCAAAGUCGAAUCAUCAGGUUUCAUCGUGCUCCAUAUGCUUAUUUGCUUACUUUUAUGCUUAUUUACUAGUCUUUUGUGUUCAUU